AUGUCGUCCUCUGAAGAAGACUACACGAGUGACAGUGAAUCCAUUUCCAGUAGCACCUUCAGUUCCUCCUCAAGCAGUGAUCCCAAUUCUAGUAUCUAUGUGGGCCAACUGCCUCCUUUUAUUAACGAGACCCAUCUCCGCCAACACUUUAUUGGCUGUCAUAUCAUCAAUUGCUUUGUCAUAAGAGAUAAAGCGACAAAAAUAUCGAAAGGUUUCGGUUUCAUUAGAUUGGAAUCAGAAGAGGCUGUGGAUAGAGCAGUCACUAUGUACAAUAAAUCGCUAAUUGCCGGGAAGCACUCAAUUGUAGUACGAAAGAAACAGGAAAAGAAGAAAGAUGGGGGUAAAGGGAAGAGAAGAAGAGGUAGGACGAAAGGUUCAACUUCGUCGAGUAGAAAAGGAUCAUCUUCAUCAGAUAGGAAAGGAUCUGCUUCUUCUCUCGCUGGUGAUAAUGUCGUUAAAGUUUGGGUUGGUAAUAUUCCUCCUGACAUCACAGAAGACCAUCUCAUGUUGAUCUUCUCUCGUUUCAAAGAGAAGAUGGUUCGACCCAUAGAUCCCAUUAGGGUAGGAGAGAAGAGCUCACGAUACUCCUUCCUGAGUUUUGGAUCACUUGAAGACUCAAACGCUAUCAUAUCUGAGAUGAACGGGGUCGUACUUAGAGAUCACAAACUUGUCCUUCGACCAAGUAAGCCUGACCCCAAGGGAAAGAAAGCCAGUGCUAAGCUUCGUCAGGUCUCAGAUACAUGUACUCCCUCUGUUUUGCCUCCCGAGCAAAGCAGUUCUACAGUUGUUCAUUUAACUAAUCUCUCGCCAGAGAUCAGCUCAACAGAUUUGAGUGAAUUGGUAUCUGUCGAUUCUUCUAAUAUCUUCAUCAAUUCACGUGCAAACACCGCCUCAAUUGUAUUCCCAUCUCAACAAGCAGCCAGUGAUGCUGUACAGAAACUGAAUGGACAAAUGUUCCUUGGAAGCACCAUUAGAGCAUUCAUUUCUACUACUGGCCCACCUCCACUUAGGACCAGUAUUAGUACAAGCAGUACAAGUGAUGCUACUCCUAGUAGUGAGUUAGAUAGUAGUACUUCAAUAAAAGUAAGCAAUCUUCCACUUGGCACAAAGAAAGAAGAUGUGAGGAGUUACUUCAGCUCAUUUGGUCCAAUUGUGAAGUGUGAUAUCGUUAGACAGAGAAUGCUGUUUCGUUUAAUGGCUAUUCGUUUUUGGGACGACCUAUGA